AUUACGCGAUGCAACUUUUGCGCCGCUCCUCAAACCCGACCAGCAGCCUACUUUAGCCAAGUCGUCGCCAUUUUAUUAAGCGUCUAAAUAGCCCUCCCCGAUCGCCUAUUAUGAACCGCAAUGAGAUCCUGUGCUGUGUUCGCCGUUUUAUCUCCUCCUCUGGCCACAUGAAAAUGGCCACGCAAUUGCAUUCCCGCACAUCCACCAACCCCUCCGCGCGCUGUCAGCCCGUAACGCACACAGGCAGCCCUCCGCGCCUCGCGCUGACACGUUAACGGGCUUGUAUGCAAACGAGGGGGCGAACAAUCCGAGCCAUUAUUACAGGCGGGAGGCGAGAUGUAACUUUCCCCGAAGAGAAGAAGUGAGGCGAAAUAAGAAUCCAGCGUAACCAGUCCGCCACCUAGCUGCGGAGACGCGCCGACGGAGAUCUGUCGACUGUAUGAUUAUGAAAACACCCGCGCCAAUGUUGUUGCACAGUCGGCUCCGCGCUCCGAUGAGACUGAAACUCGGUUUUAGGAGGUGUUUUAACCUCCGCUGGCCUUAGUUAUGUAAUCAAAGCAACAUCUAAUGCACCAAAGGCUCCGGAUUGCUGUUGGUGCGAAGGGGAGAGCCGGACAGCAACACCUUCACCUCCUGCCUCAACGCAGUUGGCUCCGGGACGCGCUCUCGGCUGAAGCCAAAAGGACAAGAGAGAGAUCUGCCUUCGCUGGAUGAAGGAGCCUGACUCUCCUUGGACCUAUUCUGGAUAUUGUUGUGGAAAUCUCUCGACCUUCACCUGCACUCUACUCUUUGCCUUUGACCCCUCUAACCCCAUCUAGGUCAUUUAAAAGUGUUAUACUGGAAACCCCACAGCGUGCAACUUCUCCCCCCUGACUUCUCUGAUGGACCAGAGAGUGAAGGGGGGAACCCCUCCAACCACAAACUCCACUCUGGACCCCACCUCCGCACCUGAAGACUCUGGGCAGGAAGUGGCAGAGAAAAAGAGGAGAGGUGAGGGGGAGAAUGGGCAUGUAGGGGAAAAGGAGGAGGAGAAAAGGGGAGCAGGGAGAAAGAGAGAAGGAGACAAGGGGGCAGUGCUGGAGCUGCUCAUCGAGGGGCGCUGUGGAAGCGCGGGGCAGCAACAGCUUCAGAUCUCCGGCAGAGAGACGAGCUGCCCUGAGGGGAAUGUACGACUCCGCAUCGGACUGCAGGCCAAACGCACCAAGAAACCCCCUAAGAUCUUGGAGAGCUACGUGUGCAAGCCCACCAUCAGGACCUAUCAGAGGCAAGGCAGGGGGGCACUGGCGAGGGGGGAUGGCGAAGGAGGAGGAGUGGGCCAGCAGCAGAGCAAAACCAGCUCGGCUCCAGACGAGGCAACCAGAGAUCAUUGCUCAGGCUUGGAUGCUGUCCAGACCACAUCCAAACAAACUGCAUCUGCUGCUGCUUCACCGCCACUCGCAUCAUCAUCAUUAUCAUCGCCGUCAUCAUCAUCCUCGUCAUCGCAGCCACUGUCCUUAUCAUCGACAUUUACGACAGCUUCCAGCCCAGCCUCAGUCCCUGCCAUAACCAGCCAAGGGACCAAGUCAGCCAAACAGGUUCCUAUCAAGCUGGCCGAUAAGCCAGAGGUGAAUUCAAAUGGCUCAUCGGAGAGGGUGAAGAAAGAGAAGGUAACGAGUGUUAAUGGCCAGCCUGUCCCUGCAGGACACAAAUCGUGUUCGCCCACAACAGACCGGACAGCUUCAUCUACUCUUUCCACGCAGUGCAUCCAAGCCCUGUCUGCUUCAGAAGCCAGGACUGAAGGAAAGACCUCCAAGAAACACAAUGGUUUGGUACAGACGGCAAAACAGAAGGGAAUAUCGAAUGGGAAAGGCUCCGCCGACAUCAUUGGCACUUCCACCUCAUCAAAAGUCAAGGUUGGAAAACACAGCAGCUCUUCUGUUUCUUCUGUGGACUCCUCAACGAGACCUCCAGUCUCCUCCAGCUCCCACAAAGAACUGUCCAAUAAGGGCAGGCCAGACUCUCCUUCCUCUCUCGCAGUCAACUCUAAACCACAGUCCUCCCCUACUGCGGAUCUCUCCUCUGCCCAGUCCCAAGAUCAGGAUCUAGAGAAAAAGAGAGAGAAAGAAAGGAAAGUGGAGAAAGAGAAACGGAGAGACAAAAAGUCAAAGCGGGAUAGACUGGAGGCUGAAAGAGCAAAGAGUGAGAGCAGGAAGGAGGAAGGGAAGAAGAAGAAAAAGAAAGGGAAGGAUGGAAAAUCAAGACACGGUAAAGAAAAGGAUGAAAGACGUAAGACUGAUGAUAUAUGGAGGGAUGAGCUGAAGACUGAAAGAGGAAAGACUGAGAAAAAGAGGGACAAACUCAGCCCAGACAGGCAGAGGACAGAGGAUAAUAAUGCAAAAUGUGGUGAAACAGUUGAUGGUGGCAAACUAGAUAAAACCAGCAAAGUAGUGAAUCCAUGCAGAGCAGAUGAGAUAGACAAGACAGAUGACGGUUGCAAGCCAGUUAAACAAGCUGAGCCUGCAACAGGUGAUACCAGUAAAUCAAAAGAACAGGACGUCUCAAGACAUUCAACUGUGCCUCCAAGCCACCCCUCUUCUUCUGCUCCUCCCUCUCUGCCCACUCCUUCUGCCCGUGCCCCUGUUUCCCCCCCUUCUUCCCCCCAAGAGCAGGACAGCCGCCCGCUGAAGAAACGUAAAGCCAGACGGCCCAGCUGGACCAAGCUGGUGCACAGAGCUCAGAGAGCGGAAAAUCAGGAAGCCCCUUCAGAUUCCCAACAUAAUCCUUCGCUAAAUUUUCCCCAGAACCCAAAAACAUCACUUCCUGCCAAGGCCACAAUUCAGCAGACUGAUGAAUCACACCCAGCUCCCUCUAGCUGCUUAACCAGCGGCUCCUCCUCCGUCUCUUCUGCAACCAAACCUUCAUCUCCCAAGCAGAAUCACCCCACAUCAGAUCCAAGCCCCCCUGUUUCCAGAUGCGCCAUCACCCCUGCCCGAAAAAGGGGCCGCCCUAAAUCCCACAGCUCUAGUGUAGAUGAACCUCUCCCUAGACUUUCACCAAAUGCCAUCCCAGCUGAGGUGCCUCUUCUGGGGUGUGACAGAAUUAAGAAAGCGCCCGUGCUGGAGCCAAGUCCAAUCCUGCAAAGUGCUGCUCAGUUUAAACCCAGCCCCAAGAAGCGUGGCCGUCCUCCCAAACGACCCCUCCCCGAAGACCAGAGCGGAGAUGCACUGAAUCGCACUGAAGAAACGGACAGAUGUCAUCCUCCUGAGAAGGGCAGGCAGCUAAAGAUCAGGAGGCUGAUUAAUGAGAUGAAGAAAAGAAAGAAGAGGAGACUCCAAAAGGUAAUUCUGUCUGGGUAUGUAGGGAAGGAUGGACGGGCUAGCCAGGCAGCAGAUGGUGAGACCUCUUUGAGAAUGUGUAAAUCAAUAGAGACGACAACAGUACAAACGCUUUCGGCCCUGUCCUCGUCCUUUGGGAGUACCCUGGGCCCUCAGAUCAAUGUGAGCAAGAGAGGGACCAUCUACAUGGGAAAGAGGCGAGGACGCAAGCCUAAAACCCAGACUGCUCCGACAGUCCAAACCAGCUCCCAGAACUCCUCUCAGUCGUCACUGUUUACCAACCCCUCUGAAACAUCUCUCUUCUCCAACCAGCCCCAGCCUCCUCCCUCUCACCCAUUCCCCUCCCCUUCUCUCACCCACUCCAGCGGGGCCCAGAGCCCUUACAGCGAAGGCAGCCUCACAGAACCAACAACCUCCCUACUUUUUCCUCACCCCUUCUCCCUCCCCUCCCCGUCAUCCUCCUGUACCUCCCCGCGUCCUCCCUCCUCCUCAUCCCUCUCUCCCUUUGUGAAGAAGAGUUGUCCGUGUCAGGGAAGGCAUCACUUCCCCUUUCACCAGUCGUCAUGUAAGCUCUCCUGCCCUACUCCUCCACUGCAUCACGCUCCCGGCUCCCCCGGCCACCUGAAAGAGGCCACACCCUCACCCAGGAGCGAAUCACACAGUGAAGAGACACUGCCUAGCGAUAGCGGGAUUGGAACAGAUAACAACAGCGUUUCUGAGCGAGGGGAGAUUCGGGGCGCUCGAGGCAUGCUUAGGUUGGGUCAGGGGUCAGGAGUGAUGCUGGGAGCUCAAAGGCACCCUUCCUCUCUUAUCGACCGUCCCUCUCCUGUCUCCUCACCCCUGUCUCACAUGCCCAGACAUGCAAACCCCAUCACCAACUCAGCAUCUGUGGAGCGGCACCGAGACAGACACAGGCACAGGCGGAGGGAUUACGACUGUUCCUCCUCCUGUACUUGCAUGUGCCCAUGCCCGUGCCCAGGACACAACAAGUGCACUCAUUCAGAUUACUACCCUUGCCUUGGGCACAAUGCACUGAAGCGACAGAAAAAUAAACACAAAAAGAAGCACCAGCAGCUGCACAUGCAGGAUCCAGAGUUUCUGGCUGAGCUAGAAGACCUGAUCAGUCAGUUCAGCGAGGUCCAUAUUGGACGGCGAGGUUGGGCGAGGACAGGACUGGGACAAGGCUUUGAUGGGAGUGGGAACGCAGCUGGAGGAAGGCGCCAUCACUCCUCCUCCCAUUCGCACCGCUCCAACAUCUUCAGGAUCAAUCUGAAUGGCUUCUACUCACCUCACCCUUCACCUUACUCUGCUAAUACCUCCUACUCCCCGCAGCCCUUCUACCCCUGCCAGGCUGUGCAUUGUAACAGGAAGCCAGACCGCAGGCAAUGUAGCUGCCCAUCAAAGUUUCAGGAGACCAUUGAAAAUAUGGGAUUUUACAGCAGCUACCCCCCGGCCACAACACUUUACCACCACCUCCCCAGCUCCUACCCUCUUCCCUCCCCGCACCAGUAUGCUCCCCAUCAGUCCCAUCAUGCCCACUUUCUCCUCAACCCCGCCAGGUUCCACAGGCGGAGGAGCAGGUUGCUGAGGGAAGGAGCUUUGGGAGGAGAUGUGGAGGGAGACAUAGGUGGAGGAAGCAGUGGAGUAGGAGGCUCACACCUCAGCUCAGGGUUCACAUCCAGCCUCUCGUGUGGCUGUGGGAGGAGCGAACACAAACACAAGCAUAAACACCGCCACAGGCACUGCGAGCAAGAUAUGGAUGACGAGGAGGAGUUGCACGAGGACGAGGAGGAAGACGGGAUGGAGAGAGAGGGGUUGGCCAGUUCAAAGUCAAGGUCAGGGUUCAUUUUGGGCCAAGGAGAAGGAGGAAGGAAAGGGGCAAGAGGAAUGGGGAGUAUGCUGUCUAAAGAAUCACCUUGGUUAUGUGAGAACGGAAAUGAGUCCUUCUCCUCCACUGCUGCCGCCACGUCAUCAUCAUCCUCAGCAGAGAGGUACAAACACACAUCCCUCACAUCGCUGGGGCUGGGCUCCUCUCACCUGUCGUCAUUCGGUGGAGGCUGGGGCGGACUGGGCCAGAGCUGGACAAAAUUUGGUGGCAUGGGAGGGACAGGAUUUGGGAACUCAAACCCCAGCUGGAGAAGCUUCACCGGGGAGCAACGCACAGGCCGAAUGAUUGCAUCAGACGGAGAGGACGACGACGACGAGUCCGCUCAAGAGUCACAGUUGUAUAGAACGUCGCCAUCCCCAACGCACACCAACCUGUUCACAUCUGCUGCCAUGGCAACAGGGGGGAGGGGUCUGAGGAGCAGAUUGGCCGGGAGGAAUCCAGGAAGUGGAGACAGGUCAUGGAGGAGAGAUGAGCCAGCUUGGACAGAGAGGAGAGAAGCAGGUUUACAAGGUGACUCGAGAAGCCUGGGGCUGCAGAAAAGUGUGCCAACGUCAGACAGUGUGGCAGGGAAAAACAAAAGGAGGCCAGGGCGGCCCAGAAAGCACCCACUGCCCACCACCGUAUCCUCCCCCGCGCACUCAUCUGCAGCUCCCUCCAUGUCAUCGCCUGACCUCUUGCCAGGACACGGCCACAACAGAGAUGGGAGAGAAGUGGGAGGGAGAAAAGAGGAGAGAGGGCCAGAGAGAGAUCGAGGAGGCGACACAGCGCAGCAGGUGACAGAUUUUGAGCUGCAGGCCAGGAGGAAGAGAGGACGGAAGAGAAAACAUGGUGACUCUCCUUGUCAUCAGAGCGUCGCCGAGGAUAAACCCGAGGGUGACACCCCCACUGAAUGUUUUAGCCAAUCAGAUGCUGACCAGGCUCCUUCCCAACCAGUUACCAUCCAAAGAGAGGAGCGAGCAGAUGGUCCUCCCAGGAAGAACUUUCUGAGGGCAGGACUUUACUCUGAUGAUUACAAAACCACAGAUCCCCCCUCCUCCCAAGCCCAGCAGUGCAGAGAGAGUUUGGAGUACACACCAGAGGAGCGUGAAUACAGCCUUUUACCUGCUCCCAUGCAUGUUGGGAAGUACCUGCGGCUGAAGAGGAUUCAUUUCCAGUUACCUUAUGAUGUUAUGUGGCUGUGGCAGCACAAUCAGCUUCAGAGGCAGCCUGCUGUCCCCCUGAAGAGGAAGCGGCGCUACUGCCGGCUGAAGGAGAGGACUUCAUCCUCUCUCAGGACAGCGGAGGAGAGCUCCAGUGACAUCACCAGCCUGUUUCCUCACCUCGACAUGGAUCCUCUGACCAGCAGUGAGAGGAGCUUUGUGGUGAAACACCACGUGUUCCUGGUGAGGAACUGGGAGCUGGUGAGAGACAGACAGAUCCGACUGAGGAUAGAGAGGGAGAGAGACGCAGAGGGAGAGGAGGGCGACGCGCCACAUCCGUCCUGUGAUGAAGCCAAUGGGGACAACAGCCACAUCAAGUCAGGUCAGCCAGUGGGGGUGGAGGUAACGGUUGUCAGCAGUGACCCCCACCAUCAGAGUCAGGACACCUCCAGCUCGCUCACUGCCAUCCCCUGUGUGAGUGAACAAACGCACCCACCCCACCAAAACCCAGAGCAGACCAGAGGAGGAGGACGGAGAGGAAGAAAAACGAGGGGAGGAAGAGGCCUGCAGCAGAGAACAGAGGAGGAAACGGCUGAAUGAUUUACUUUUGACCCUGCAGCAUUCAUAAGCUAACAGAGAGAGGUGGGACCACUCUUGAGGAAGGGACCAGGCCCACCACUGGACAGAUGAACGGGAACUGAUGUCAUAACACUGCUAUUAACAGUAGCAGUGCCACAGAGAACAAGCGAGCAAAAGGGAGAAGAGAGCUGGAGAAUAUUAGCGCCUGAAAACGCAAGAAAGACAUCUCACACACUGACAGAUGAGUGUGUUGAACCUAGCGCUCUGAAGGGCAUCACACCAAGGAUGAAACCAUGGCAACACAUCUUUUGUCCAAGUGGCGAGGGAUGAGAGAAACGGAGAUGGAUUGUCCCGCAUGAAAGAAAGAAACAGACCAGCUGAAAUGAAUUUGCACUAGUGCUGGAUGAACAGGCACACUAAAGACUGUAUGUAUGCUGAGUGGACACACUAUAAACACACACACAUACACUUUGAUGGCUCUUAACUUCGGCACCUUAAGACAAGACAGCGGAGACUGAAAAGCGGACACGUGCGGUACUCAGCAUUUCGGCUCUGAAGUUUCCAAGAGACGAGGAGUUCACAAUAACUGCCCGAGGGAACACAAAUGUAGCCUGGGCCCUAACUAGGUCAAAAUCGAACCCUCAUUUAAUCGUUAAGCUUUCAAAGUCACAUUGCACCUUUGGGAAAUGACACGAGGAGAAGUGAACCAGUUCCGAGCUGUUGAGACAGUGUUAGGGUUUUUCUUCACUUUACCAAGACAGUGUCUGCUAUGUACCAGUGAAUAGGCAGGGGAGGGGGGUGGGCUUAGUGAUAGGAAUUUUGGCAUCGCUGCAAGAGAAUUUCUAAUGAGGUUUUAAGAAAGAAGUUAUUUUUGAAAAAAAAAAAAGAGGACAGCUUGAGUACUGUCUGCUUAAGAAAUGGACAGAAUAUAUUCAUGAUAGGAAUGUUUAUUGUUGACUAUUUUCAGUAUUGCUUCCUGGGGAAGGGAGGGAGAGGGGUAAAAAAAAGUGUUUUGUUUACUUCGGACUGCCUUUGAGAAUGUUUCGCUCUUUGCUCCAGAGCUGUGACAAUCAGAAUGUCCUCGGGGUGGGGGGGGGGGAGGACAGAGGAGGAAAGGGAACGAAAAAGAAAUUGAUUUGCCCCAAACGCUCUGUAGAAGUGCCAUGUUGUCUCGUGUACGUACCUAAGCGAACUCAUGCAGUCUUUAAAAGCAAUAUCUCCUCUGAUAAGGACUAUAUAAGGACUUCCUUUGUUAUGUUUUUUUUUCCCUUUUGUUUUUUAAAGUUGUGAAUAUUUGAGGAUUGGAAGUCUUUUUUUUUUGUUUCUGUACAGUUGCAGAGUAGAUUGUUCUCUUCUUAGGAGCAUCGGGCUGAGAAACCAUAAGCGUUUAGUUUCAUGUGAAUGUACAUAGAGAGAGAGAGAGAGAGAGAGAGAGAGAGAGAGGGAGGGAGGGAGGGAGAGGGAGAGAGAGACCUGUUUUUCCUUCUAUCAGCAGUAGCGUGUUAAAGUAGUAUUAUACAUGACAAUACUAUUGGGAUUAUACAUAAACUUAAUAAUCAAAUCUUUCAUUUUACUAACAUGUUUUUAACAGAUUAUACAGCUGACCAAUAUACCAGUCAUUUCUCCUUCAAGUUGACUAUGAUUGUAUAUGAUUUUAUUUUGUAGAAUGACAUAAUUUUGUCUCUUAUUUUUUAGCCGAGUGUACGUUGUUUGUUUGUUUGUUUUUUUUAUUGGUCAGACAAUCAGUGACAGUGACUUAAUUUUUUUUCCCAGUGUUUAAACUUCUGCUCUCUUUCAGUAGUGUGGCUUCUAAUAACACAAAGCCAAGAAAGUGCAAUUUCUUUGAUUGUUUACAUACUGUAUGUAUAUUUUUCCUCUUUCCUUUUUUUAACUAAGAGCACUACAUUAUUGCCAGUGGAUGAUUAACUUUAUAGCAAAGGUACACAUACAGAGUUAUUUAUCUAGUUUGCAUGACAUGUAACCUUUGCCUGUUGCCUCCGACUACGUGCAUCUGAAAAACAAAACAUCAAAAACAGUUAUAACUUAACGCCAUAGAAUGUCAGCUCCAACUCUUUGCCUCUAUAACCAUAAUAAUAAAAGCAUUUUAUGUCUACUAGUACUAAACCCUG